AUGGCCGUGCUGAAAUGUGGCUGGCUCUGGAGGCAAAGUUCCAUUUUGCGACGCUGGAAAAGGAACUGGUUUGUCCUUUGGGUAGAUGGCAGCCUGGUCUAUUACCAAGAUGACUCAGGGCGCGACAUGGAAGGGCGCAUCAACGUCAAAUUCAACUGCCGGGAUGUCAGGACAGGGCGCGAGUGCAGAGAUGUUCAGCUUCCCGAUGGGAGGACCCGCGAGUGUUUGAUGUGCAUCAUGCAGAGAGAUGGCUCCAAAACCCUGCUGUGUGCCGAAAGCGAGGACGACGCUGUAGCUUGGAAGAUGGCAAUUCUGGAAGCGAAGGCAACGCAGGUCCAUUUGUAUGACCCUUACAAUGACGACUACUACCAGACGGUGCCCCUCGACUCUCACCAGGCCAUGUACGUCAGCUCCGAUUACUACGGCAACCAGUUUGGAGCACCCGGAAUGACCCACGUUAUUAUCCGUGAAGACCCGUACCGUGUGUCUGGAGACCAGAUGGCCCUGGGCUUGCUGGCAGGAGCCGCCACUGGCGCGGCGCUGGGGUCGUUCAUGUGGAUGCCCUGUUGGUUCUAG